GUAGUGAGGGUGUCUCAGGCCAGAUGAAGGCCCUGCCUCUGAAGGCUAAACCGGAGGAGGAGGGGAAGGAGACGUUUGUAGCCUUCGCCAGAGUCUACAGCGGGGUGGUCCGUAGAGGACAGAAGGUGUUUGUGCUGGGGCCCAAGUACGACCCUGCACAAGGCCUGCGCAUGGUAAAGAUGUACACACUUACAGACACACACACACACACUCAGGCACACACACACACACACACUCAGGCACACUCAGGCAUGCAGAUACGCACGCACACACACACACUGCAGAGGCACAAAACCCAUUUUCUGCUCAAUUUGCAAUAUUCCCUGGACAAAACAAUUACUGUUCAAAAGAUGAACCCAAAUGCUAUUUGUUCAAAGAGCAACAAUCAUAAAGGUUCUGCGUGUUUGUUUCUGUCUCAAGAUGUGUGUUCCAAGGUUAAAGAUAACCAUUGACUUCCAUGAUGAGGGCUGUGUGCCUCUGGGGCCUGGUCAAAAGUAGUGCACUAUAUAGGGAGUCCUUUUAUUAUUGAUGCCUCGUCCCUCCUGGCUCCAAUAGCAGUACUACUAACAAACAAUAUAGUUAUUGCUUUGCCAAUCCAAUAUCACACUACCAAUGUACUGGAUGAUUGGCUCUAAUGCUCUAGAGAUCAAAUUUUCUCUCUCUGUUUCGCUCUCUCUUUCUUUCUUUCUCAAAUCAAAUCACAUUUUAUUUUUCAUAUGCGCCGAAUACAACAGGAAUACAACCUUACCGUGAAAUGCUUACUUACAAGCCCUUAACCAACAAUGCUCUCUCUCUCUCUCUCUCUCUCAAUUAAAGUCACUUUAUUGGCAUGAUGUAACAAUGUACAUAUUGCCAAAGCUUACUUUGGAUAUUUACACUAUUAACAUAAUUAAAAUAAUAAUAAUCAAUAUUGUCAACGGGACGACAGUAACAACAAUAACCAAGGGUCAAAAUAACCAUUGAACAAUAACAAUAUAGAGGACAGUGCAGGUUGGUUGGUCUGUCAGACACUGUCCCUCAUCUUAUGGCAGGCAGCAAUGUAGUGUGCUGCCAACCCACAGCUCUCUGCAUACUCCCCCAACAGGAUGGGUAGCCUAUUCUCAUCAAUGACACACACUAAUUGUUUUAUAUUUUUUACAUUUUGUCAGGAAAUGCAGCUCUGUCUCAGGUUCUGCUGUGGUGCAGUGGUUGCACAGCCUUUCCUCUACAGGGAGCCAGGUUUUCCUGUGUCUACCCUUCUCAAUGGCAAGGCUGUGCUCACUAAGCCUGUACUUUGUCAAGGUUUUUCUAAGGUUUUGAUCAGUAACCAUGGUCAAAUAGUUAGCCACGGUGUACUGUCGAUUUAGGGCCAGAUAGCACUGCAUUUUACUUUGUGCUCUCUCUCUCUCUCUCUCUCUCUCUCUCUCUCUCUCUCUCUCUCUCUCUCUCUCUCUCUCUCUCUCUCUCUCUCUCUCUCUCUCUCUCUCUCUCUCUAUGUCUCUCUCUCUCUCUCUCUCUAUGUCUCUCUCUCUCUCUCCCCUCCAUCUUCCUCUCCUCUCUCUCUCCCCCUCUCUGUCAGCUCCCAGAGGGCAGUACUAGUGUGAGUGACUGUCUCCCUCCUGUCCCUCACCUGGCCUGCUGCACCAUGGACAGCCUCUACCUGCUGAUGGGCCGAGAGCUGGAGGAACUAGAAGAGGUGCCGUCAGGAAACGUACUGGGUACGUACUCAAACACCUACACCUACUUG